AUGGGGGGCAAAUCCGGAACUAAGGCCGUCUACUUCGACAAGCUCAAGGGCUUGCUCGACGAGUACAAGUCCGUCUUCAUUGUCGGCGUUGACAAUGUCUCCUCGCAGCAAAUGCACGAGAUCCGUGCCUCCCUGAGAGGCGAGGCCGUUGUCCUGAUGGGCAAGAACACCAUGGUCCGCCGCGCCGUCAAGGGCUUCAUUACCGACUCCCCGGAGUUGGAGAAGCUCCUCCCUCACAUCAAGGGCAAUGUUGGUUUCAUCUUCACCAACCAGGACCUCAAGGAUAUCCGUGACAAGAUUCUGGCCAACAAGGUCGCCGCGCCCGCCCGUGCCGGUGCUGUUGCUCCCGCUGAUGUCUGGAUCCCCGCCGGCAACACUGGUAUGGAACCCGGCAAGACCUCUUUCUUCCAGGCCCUCGGUGUUCCCACCAAGAUCGCUCGUGGUACCAUCGAAAUCACGACCGAUCUCAAGCUCGUCGAGAAGGAUGCCAAGGUCGGCGCGUCCGAAGCCACUCUUCUCAACAUGCUCAACAUCUCCCCUUUCUCGUACGGUAUGAAGGUUCAGCAGGUCUAUGAGGACGGUCAGACUUUCUCUCCCGAUGUCCUGGACAUUGAGGAGGCGCAGCUCCUGAAGGCGCUCAGCACCGCCAUCACGACCAUUGCUACCAUCUCUCUGGCCACCAACUACCCUACCCUUCCCUCGAUCAUGCACUCUCUGGUCAAUGGCUACAAGAAGGUGUUGGCUGUUGCGAUUGAGACCGACUAUAGCUGGGAGGGCAUUGAGGAGCUCAAGGACCGUAUCGCCAACCCCGAUGCGUACGCUGCUGCUGCCCCUGCGGCCGGUGGUGCUGCCGCUGCCGCCGAUGAUGCACCUGCGGCUGCUGCCAAGGAGGAGGAGAAGGAGGAAGAGGAGGAGUCUGGUGAUGAAGGUUUCGGUGGUCUCUUCGACUAA